AUGGUAACAGGAAAUCAUCCCACAGCUACCCUGUUCAUUUUCGUGGGUUUGACACAGCAGCCAGAGCUCCAGCUGCCUCUCUUCCUCCUGUUCCUGGGCAUCUCUGUGGUGGCAAGAAUGGGGAACUUGGCCUUGGCCCUACUGAUUGCUGUCAGCUCUCCACUCCACACCCCCAUGUACUACUUCCUUAGCAGCUUGUCCUUCAUCAAUCUCUGCUACUCUUUGGUCAUUACCCCCAAAAUGCUAGUGAACUUUCUAGGGAGGAAGAAGAAUAUGAUCCUUUAUCUUGAGUGUAUGACACAGCUCUUUUUCUUUAUGGUCUUUAUGGUGGCUGAGAGUCACCUCCUGACUGUGAUGACAUAUGACCACUAUGCCGCCACCUGCAACCUGCUGCUCUACAGUGUGGUCAUGUCCUCUCGGGUCUGCUGCCUGGUUGCCUUUAUCCUGGGCUUCUCUGCCUUGUCCCAUAUGCGUGCCAUGAUGAAACUGUCCUUCUGCAGGUCCUACCUCAUCAGCCAUUACUUCUGUGAUAUCCUUCCUCUCCUCAACCUUCCCUACUCCAGUACAUACCUCAGUGAGCUUCUGCUUUUUGUCAUUGUGGGGUUUAACACCUUGGUGCCCACCCUAGCUAUCUUCAUUUCCUACGCCUUCAUCCUCUACAGCAUCCUUCACAUCCAGGCCUCAGAGGGCCAGUCCAAAGCUUUCAGAACUUGCAGCUCUGAUCUUGUGGCUGUGGGAGACUUCUCUGGGUCUGUCACAUUCAUGUAUUUCAAGCUCCCUUCCAGUAACUCCCUAGACCAGGAGAAGGCCUCCUCAGUAUCUGACACCACAAUGAUCCCCAUACUGAGCCCUCUGAUAUACAGUCCAAGGAGCAAGGAUGUGAAGGAAGCACCGAGGAAGCUUUUGGUUAAGAAAUGUUUUGCUGCUGGGAAUUUAUAG